UGCCUGGAACUUCCCCUCGGUUCUACCAUGCACCUGCGGUCUGUCGCUGAGGAGUUCCCGGGCAGUGUGUGAGGCUGAGGCCGGCUCGACGCGGAGUGCUGCCCGCCCCUCGGCUCCCUGCUGGCUGCAUGCGGCUCCGUAUCCCUCCGCCUGCUCUCUGACGCUGGAGGCUGCAGUCCGGCCUCCAGCCGCGGCUGUGAACCUGCUCGCUUCGUCCGCCUCGCUCCCGCGUCAUGUUUGUUUUAUGAAGAUGCUGGUGAGGGGGACACUGUGAACUCAAUGACUGUCAGAAACAUCGCCUCCAUUUGUAAUAUGGGCACCAAUGCCUCUGCUCUGGAGAAAGACAUCGGCCCGGAGCAAUUUCCAAUCAAUGAACACUACUUUGGAUUGGUCAACUUCGGAAACACAUGUUACUGUAACUCAGUGCUCCAGGCUCUCUACUUCUGCCGGCCUUUCCGGGAGAAUGUGCUGGCCUACAAAGCCCAGCAGAAGAAGAAGGAGAACCUGCUCACAUGCCUGGCCGACCUCUUCCACUCCAUCGCCACGCAGAAGAAGAAAGUGGGCGUCAUCCCACCCAAGAAGUUCAUCUCCCGUCUACGGAAAGAGAACGAUCUGUUUGACAACUACAUGCAACAGGACGCACACGAAUUUCUGAACUACCUGCUGAACACAGUGGCUGACAUCCUGCAGGAGGAGAAGAAGCAGGAGAGGCAGAACGGACGCCUCAAGAACAAUGGCACCGCCGUCCCCACGGAGACGGAGACGGAGAACAAGACAGAGCCCACAUGGGUUCACGAUAUCUUCCAAGGCACACUGACCAAUGAGACACGUUGCCUCAACUGUGAAACGGUGAGCAGCAAAGACGAGGAUUUUCUGGAUCUUUCUGUGGAUGUGGAGCAAAACACAUCAAUAACACACUGUCUCAGGGACUUCAGUAACACAGAGACUUUGUGCAGCGAGUACAAAUACUACUGUGAGGCGUGCUGCAGCAAGCAGGAGGCACAGAAACGGAUGCGUGUGAAGAAGCUUCCUAUGAUCCUGGCCCUGCACCUGAAGAGGUUCAAGUACAUGGAGCAGCUGCACCGCUACACCAAGCUGUCCUACAGAGUGGUGUUCCCCCUGGAGCUGCGUCUGUUCAACACAUCUGGGGACGCGGUCAACCUGGAUCGCAUGUACGAUCUCGUUGCUGUGGUGGUUCACUGUGGCAGUGGUCCAAACAGAGGUCAUUACAUCACCAUAGUGAAGAGUCAUGGCUUCUGGCUGCUAUUUGAUGAUGACAUUGUGGAGAAAAUUGACGCCCAGGCCAUCGAGGAGUUUUACGGGCUUACCUCAGACAUCUCCAAGAACUCUGAGUCAGGAUACAUCCUCUUCUACCAGUCCAGGGAGUGACUGACCGCUGACAGAGGAUGAGACUGAAUAGGAUGAAACUAUUUGUAUGUUUGACCCUCAGCCCAACAGACCCCAGACUUCUGCCCUCCUUCUCCUGCUCCUCCUCCUCCUCCUCUUCCUGCUCCUCCUCCUCCUCCUCCUCCUCCCCAUCAGACCUCUCUGACACAUGUGCCAUUCCUUUGCCAGUCCCAGUGUCAUCAGCCUCUGGGGUUUAUCUGCACUUCAUCUUUCUCUCUGUGUUUAGUCACCUGCAUCUGGACUGCACUUUAAAACAAAAGCAAAAAUGCUCAACAGCAUGACAGACACAACAUGGAGUGUACGUGCUUGGUAUAGACUAGUGGGAGAAGGAGGUGAUUCUCUACAAGGAACGAGAUGAGGUAAAGGGUCUGAUGCACAUACAGACAGCUGUCAGAAAUUGUACUAUGUCAUUUAUUUAUAUAUUACGUCCCCUUCCCCCACAUGAUUCCUUUCAUUGUCCCUGUCCUUCUGAUGUGUUCAUGAAUGAAGUUGGAGACAAACACUGUAUACAAAGCAUAGAUAGAAUCUGAAGCAAUACGUUAGCAUUAAUUAUAGAAGUCACAAGCUAACAACUCCCUAAACUGAGUAAAUAACAGUCUAGAGGUUGUUUUGUUCUGUGAGCUGCACUGAGUCAACGGGACAGCUCAUGUUAUUACGAACCACAUACGAACCAAUACUUUGACACUGAAACACUACAAAGGAAAGGAAAGCCUUAAACGGAUAGUUCACCCAAAAAUUAGAACUCACUCAUCUACUCACCAGUAUGCCGAUGGAGGGGUGGGUGAAGUGUCCACAAAGAACUUGAAGAGUCUUAGGGGUAAACUUUGUUAGAGCAGAAUAAAAUACAAGGCAUUACUCCAAACUGCUUGUGUGGUGUCAACAAUGUGUCCGCAAGCCCUGACACUUCCGUUGGACUUUGGGGCUAAAAACAUCUUGUAAGAGACCUUAAUCGAGUCGAAUAUGAAUGUUGGGGCUUGCGGACACUCUGAUGACACCACAGGAGCAGUAUGGAAGCAUGUUGUGUUUUUUCUGUUUUAUUACAUCUGAAGAAGGACUCAACAUUGACUUAAAUUGUACUGGCUUCUGCUGCAACAAAGUUUCCCAAUGAAACUUUAGAAGUGUUUUGUGGACUCAAACACUUCACCCACCCCUCCAUCAGCAUAGUGCUGAGUAGACAUUCAAUUUUAGGUAAAAUAUCCCUUAAAGGUUGUUUUUUUCCCUGUUCUUUAUUCAAGAGUGUGGUCUUUCAGUUUGAGAGUAGGACUUGUUAAUUUCCUGCUCUCACUCAAAACCCUCUGCUCAAAUAUCCCUGCUUGUGCUUAGUUUUCCGGCGCUUCAGCUCCUCUUCUUGCACUUACGCUGCUUCUGUGCAUGUCUGAAAUGUCUGCUCAGAUUUUUUUAGAUAGAUUGCCAAGAGCAGUGAUGCAAAUGAAAUUACCGGGAAUCUCCUUUUGGUUACUUUUGCUGUUGAUGCUGUUCCCAUAAAAUACAGGGGAGCAAGAGAAACAGGGCAGGAAAUCUUGGCAAAAGCUCGGCUUAUAUUUGAGUGUGAGCGCAGUUAAAUCUCCAUUCAAACCAGCUGCAUCUUUAUAAUUUUUUGUUCAGAUAGAAAACCACUAUUUAUUGAAGUUAACAUAUUUAUUGCUUUAUUAUUUCUAAUACGGACCGUAUAAGUCCGUAUUAGAGGUGUUUGUGUAACGUGGCUCUUUCUAAAAGCCCUGUAUGAUAGGACUGAGGUGGAAGCUCUCAGUGUGAAGGACGUGGUGUAUGUAAUGCACAACUUCAGAUGACAGCUAAAAAAAAGUUGCUUUUAUCGGUUUCCUUUUCCUUUUUUUUGCAUGUUAAAUAAAUAUGACGGAUUAACCUGAUGCAAGCGCGACACUACCUUCCAAUAAUCUUUGGAUUGACAUGAAAAAGUGAAACUAGUGCAAUAAGAGGUGAAAUGGUUCAGUGUGCAAUUUUCCCAGUGAGACUAAUAUAUAUAGGACAUUUAAAUGUUGGUAGUAGACGUGUUUGUUUUCGGAUGAUUUUUUUUACCCAGUGCUGUGUGAGUGCUCGUGAUAUCAAAGUAAAUUCAUUUCACCAUGUGGAAUGCACACAAACUGCUGGGAUCAUAGCUUCAAUGUUCUCUCAUUCUUUUUUAAUUUCUUUCCUUUGUUGAUACACAGCAUUUUUUUUCUCUCUGGGUUUGUCUCUGACCUUGAUGAUGUUGAUUGUGUGUGUGUGUGUGUGUGUCAUACGUAGCACAUCUGAAACCUAAAUCCCAGGAUUCCAGAGGUGAAAUUCAAGCUGCAUUGUUGAGUAAUACAAUAUAUCCCUUGUACUGUAGAUGUUUUCCCCAGGGUUUGUUGACCUGCCCUGUAGAAUAGAGCGACAUGGAAGAACUGUUCAUUUGUCCUGUUUCAUGUGAAUGACAUUCCUGUUUGCUGCACAUCAGAGGAAAUUUGCAUUUCAAACACAUCUCAUUAUAAUUAAGAGUUAGGAAUAGAGUUAAUUUACUGCUUUGUCUACGUCUAUACAGGAGAGGCAGAAUUUAGAGUGACAACGGUGAAACUCUAGGUGUUCAUGCGCUUGUUUUUGUGCCGUCUCCUCCGUGUUUUCUGUCAGCGGGUGAAGUCACGAGGAAUACGUGCCAAACUGGAGUUGAUACUCACGUUGCAACAGUCCAACAGAACAUUAUUUUCUUUUUAAAGAAAGACACAAUUGUACAUGUAUAUUAUGUAGAAAAACACGUCUGGAAAUAUACAAAAUAAUAUUUUUUUAAAGUGCAAGAUUUUAGCUGAGCAUUAAUGAAACCCUGUUCAGAAGUAAUGUGCUAAUUUACAAUCACUUGAUCAUAUAGUCAAUCAGAAAGGGGUGCACAGGUCCCCAUCGGUCAUGUUGCUUUUACUGGGUUGAACUGAGCCACAGUAGCCGGAGUUGUCUGAGAUAUUUUGAGACUCAGGUGAGAGGAAAGGGACUUUUCAUGUGCUGAUCUUCCAUGAACAUUUAUGCACUCGCCCGCACUGAGAUGCUCAGUUGUUGCACUUGGUCUUAUACAGACGGGUGAUGAAUUAGAAGGUAACCCAACAGGACGUGUCUCAGGAAGAUGUUGGUCCACCAGGAGCUUGUAAAAGAGCUUCAGGACACCACAGCGUUGAUUCUACAAAUCAGAACUGGUGUGAUGGAUGCCAUUCUUCCAAAAGAUAUUUCCUUAUUUGGUGUUUUGAAGACCGUGAUUAUUCAGUUGGGUCAAGAUCAGGUUCACAAAGGCCAUGGCAUGUGAUUUAUUUUCAUAAUCAAACAUUUCACUGAUCGGUCUGGGCUUAGAUGGGGCCAUCAUCAUCCUCUGGGCUCUGCUCAUUUUACAGGUGUUUCCUUCAGUCCAUCACCCGUCUGUUUAUCUUACUGUGACAGUGUUCUACCUAUGAGAGCUCGGUCCUGCAGCCGGUAAGACCUGAUAGAGCUUGUUGUGCAAGGGAAGGAGGAGAUGAAUCCAAGUCUCUGUUUUGGCUGUAAACUGAAAGUGCACUUUAAUAGCGAUGAGCUUCAAUGCUUUAAUAUGAAGAACCACAGUCUAAUACAUUCAUUUUGAGUUAUAUUUUCUUCUGUUCAAUAAAAUGACUAUCAAAUCAA